AGGAAAAAUAAAUGAAAAAGACGACUCGAAGAAAAAGAAAAGCGAAAGGUUUCUUCGUCAAGAUGGUAAAGCUAAGUAACAAGGAACCUUCUCCUCCAUUAUUAAGCUUACCUUACCUUACAAUCUCCUAGUAGAUUCAAAGGGAAAGAGAGAGAGAGAGAAAGAAACAAAGUUGCUUUUGUUUUUUAUUCUUGAUUCCUUUUAAAUCCAAACCGUGUCUUAGUCCUACUCUCUAUAAUCUCCGGCGAGCGAUGACGACGGCGGAGGGAGAGUACUCGAAGGCCAAAACGUCGGUAUGGUGGGACAUAGAGAACUGUGAGGUGCCUAAAGGGUGGGAUGCACACGCGAUUGCUCAGAAUGUGAGUUCUGCUUUGUUGAAUAUGAACUACGGAGGUCCUGUCUCGAUCUCCGCGUACGGAGACACCAAUCUCAUCCCUCACGCUGUUCAGCAAGCGUUGUCCUCUACUGGCGUUGGUCUUAAUCAUGUUCCUGCAGGAGUGAAAGAUGCGAGUGAUAAGAAGAUACUAGUGGAUAUGUUACUGUGGGCUGUUGACAACCCUGCACCGGCCAACUUCAUGCUCAUCUCCGGUGAUAGGGACUUCUCCAACGCUCUUCACCAGCUAAGCAUGAGGAGGUACACCAUUCUCCUAGCUCAGCCUCCGCGUGCUUCGGCUCCACUCGUUGCUGCAGCCAAAAACGUAUGGCUCUGGACUAGCCUCGCGUCUGGUGGUCCUCCUCUCACCAGUGCUGAAUCCGCUGCACUGGUUAACAUUGGACGCUGUCUUGUCUCCAAUAACGAACCGGCCAAAGAUCCAGAAACAGUUUCUGAACAAACACAGUCCAGCAAACCAACUGAUUCAACUUGUGAAGCUCGAAUUAGUAAGGAUAAGAAGCCCAGAGAUGACCACGUUCCGAGAGGAGGAUUAUCUCAGGAGACGAAAUGGAAUAUGCUUCAGAAUGGUAGAAGAGCCACAGGUGAAUCUGUUGCUUCUUGUGGUGGCCUUGAAGCGCACCACUCAGAUAUAAGACAUACAUCUCAGUCUGCGUUUGUAGCCAGUCAUAACGUUCAGCCCAACGUUUCAGCCAAACCCAAAAACGAAGCAUCGUUUGUAGCCAGUCACACUCAUAAAUCUCAGGCUAACGUUUCAGCCAAACCCAUUAACGAAGCAGCGUUUGUAGCCAGUCACACUCACAGAGCUCAGGCUAACGUUUCAGCCAAACCCAUCCAUGAAGCACCAUUUGUAGCCACUCACACUCACAGAGCUCAGGCUAACGUUUCAGCCAAACCAAUACAUGAAGCAUCGUUUGUAGCUAGUCACACUCACAAAGCUCAGGCUAACGUUUCAGCCAAACCCAUAAACGAAGCAGCGUUUGUUGCCACUCACACUCACAAAGCUCAAGCCACCAUUUCAGCCAAACCCAUACAUGGAGCAGCGCCUGUAGCCAGUCACAAAGAUCAGCCCAACGUUUCAACCAAACCCAUAUUUGAAGCAGCGCCUGUAGCCAGUCACAGAGCUCAGCCCAACGUUUCAACCAAACCCAUAUUUGAAGCAGCGCCUGUAGCCAGUCACAGAGCUCAGGCCAACGUUUCAGCCAAACCCAUACUUGAAGCACCGUUUGUAGCCAGUCACAGAGCUCAGGCCAACUUUUUAUCCAAACCGAUGCACGAAGCAGCGCUAGUGGAACCUGUGUUGUGCAAUGUUUGCCAGAUCAGCUGCGCCAACAAGGAUGCAUAUACCAGGCACACCUAUGGUAAAAGACAUCGGCAAAAUUUGGAGCUACAAACUGGCAAGUCCGAAAACAUGUCGCGUGGGGGGCCAGUUAGGCUACCUACGGAGAAGAAUAGGAAGAAGAACACGAGUGAAGGUAGGAGUAAACCAAAAGGGAAUUAUCCUUGUCGUUUGUGCAAUGUGGUAUGCCAGAGUCAAGUUGUCUUUGAGUCUCAUCUCAAGGGUCAGAAGCAUGCUUCCAUGCUGCUGGGUCAAUCAGAGGCGUUCACUGAUUCUAAGAUGCCUCAAGAGAAAGCUGUCUGGGAGAAGGUUCAACCAAGAGAAGCAGUUGCAGAGACUAAACCUAAGGUACUCACUGACUCUAAGAAGCUUCAAGAAAAAUGUGUUGGAGAAAUGGAUCAACCAAGAGAAGCAAUUAUAGAGCCUCAGCUGCAGUCUCAGAAUGCUCAAGAGAAUAGCAAGUGCUUUGAGAAGCAUGUUGCUAUGGUUAAUCAAUCUGAGGCACUCGUUGAUUCUAGGAAGCUUGAAGAGAAAGUUGUCCGAGAAAGCGUUCAACCUAUAGAAACAAUUGCAGAGCAUCAGCCCCAGUCCCAAAACACUCAAGAGACCAACAAGUUCUUCGAGAAGCCCAACGUAGAGUUCACAGAGGUAUAUGUUAAAGAAAAAAAUGCAAGUACUAAAGACUGGGUAGAGACUGUUUUCUUUGGUGAUUUUGGAGCAUCAGAGAAAGCUAGAGAAUGUUUUGAUGACAUUGUCCAACCUGCAAACCUGUCUGAAGGAGCAACUGAUAAGCAAAAGGAUGUGAUGGUACCCCGAGCAAUAGCAGGUAGCAAUAAGACUUCUGAUAGCCAGGGUUUUUAUACAGUGUUUGGUGAUAUCAAGGGUCACUGGCCGAAGCAAACGCAUGUUACGGUAGUGACACCUUUUGUAGCUAGUGAUGGUACUAAGUCCAGCGUUUCAACCAAGCCUAUAACAAAGGAACAAGAAGUUUUGCAGCCUGUGUGGUGCCAAGUCUGUCAGAUGAGCUGCAGCAGCAAGGUUGCAUAUGCAAAUCAUACCUAUGGGAAAAAACACAGGGAGGCGUUGGUGUUGCAAUCUGCCAAGAAUGAAAACAUGUCUAAGGGACCACCAGCCAAGCUUUCUAAGGAGAAUGCAGAGAGCAAAAACCAAACCGCCUUUGGUUAUCUGAACCAUGCUUCCAUGGUCAAGGAGCAAACAGAGAAGGCAUUUGUUGAUUCAUGGAGAACUCGCCAAGCAAUGGAACAUCCAUUGGGAAAAGCAGAGGAAACAGAGGAGCAGAAACUUGUAACGACGGAGGAUCAUGGGUGUCAAGGGGCAGAAGAAGAUAAAGAGGAAGUGAAGGAGAUAAAUGCCAUCUCUGAGAACCUAACGCGUGCCUUCGCUGGAAUGAGUCAAGAGUCUAAUAUACCCAAAGAAUCGAGAGGAUGCUUAGAUGUGAUUCCUGAGACAGUAAAAGUGCCAGCAGAUGUGAGUGUGACAGAGAAGUUGGAAGAUGAGUCCAAACAUAAACAAUCCCAACCAACACCACGGCAACCCGAAAAGGAGUCUGCAGAACGUAAGGAGCAUCCCGGUGAGGCUGCCAAGAAGGAAGAGGCUAAGGUUCAACCUGAUAACUUUUGGACCAGACUUUGGGGGGAAAAGAGUUAAAGAAAGCCUUGCUGAAUAAUUGUCUGAUUUAAAACUGUAGUUUAUGGUCAACUGUUACAUUAUAUCUAUGUUUAGUUGGUCCAAUGAGACUGAGAGAAUAUAACGUUAAGUAAUGAUUUGAACCAAAAGCUAAACAUAAUCCAAUUGUAAAGCUCUUCAAUAGUUCUGACUUGGACCAUUAUAACGAUGUGCGUUGAUAUUUAAAGAUGUGUAAAAAGUCCAUAAACUUGGUUUACCGUGA